AUGAAGGGUGCUAUUGCAAUGAUGGCUGCGUCGGCGGCUUUGGUGGCGGCGACACCGGCUCAGAUUCAGGCGAGGGCUUCUGCUUCUUCCUCGGCGGCUGCUUCUGGUACUAGUUCUGGGUCUUUGCCUACGGUUACUGUCAAGGGCAAUGCCUUCUUUGCCGGCAGCAACCGCUUCUACAUCCGUGGUGUGGAUUACCAACCCGGUGGCUCCUCAGGCGCAUCCGACCCUAUUGCAGAUAUCAACAGCUGCAAGAGGGAUAUCCAGGAGUUCCAGAAGCUUGGGAUCAACACUGUUCGUGUGUACACGGUCGACAACACUGCCAACCACGAUGAGUGCAUGAGUGCCUUGGCUGCCGCUGGCAUCUACCUUGCUCUAGACGUCAACACGCCCAAAUACAGCUUGGACCGUGGCGACCCAGCACCAUCAUACAACCCAACCUACCUCCAGAGCAUCUUCGCCACCAUCGACGCUUUCUCCAAUUACACCAAUACUCUCCUCUUCUUCUCCGGAAACGAGGUCAUCAACUCGGACAACACCACCAACUGUGCACCCUACGUCAAAGCCGUGACAAGAGAUAUGAAGCAAUACAUUGGCGAGCGUGGCUACCGAUCGAUCCCUGUCGGAUACUCGGCCGCCGAUGUCUCCAGCAACCGAUACGAGAUGGCUACGUACAUGAACUGCGGCACUGACGACCAGCGAUCUGAUUUCUUUGCGUUCAACGAUUACUCGUGGUGUGACCCUUCCUCGUACACGCAAGCCGGGUGGGAUCAGAAGGUGCAGCAGUAUGGCAACUACAGCAUUCCACUUUUCUUGUCCGAGUACGGAUGCAUCAAAGGCCCCCGUAACUUCGAGGAAGUCUCUGCUCUCUACGGCACGGACAUGACGCCCGUCUACUCCGGCGGUCUCGUCUACGAAUACUCCGAAGAAGGCAACAACUACGGCCUCGUGACCAUCAAUGGCGACGGCGUGUCCGAAACUACCGGCUUCACGAACCUCGUGACCGCUUUCAAGAACGCUCAGGUCUCUGGCGACGGCGGGUACAGAUCUACUGGCACCCCGAGUACCUGCCCGGCUCAGAGCGAUAUUUGGGAAGUCACUGCUUUCUCCGGCCAGGAACUUCCCGCUCUACCAUCCGGCGCCGCUCAGUACAUGAAGAGCGGUGCCGGUACCGGCCCUGGUCUCACUGGCAAUGGAUCCCAAAAUUCAGGUGGUCAGAGUUCGGCUACUGCUACGCCUGGUAGUGGUGCUGUUACGGGCGCUGCUUCGCACUCUGGUACCUCCACAGCAUCUGCUUCCAGCGCCGCACAGGCUCUGCUGGUCGGUGAGCUCGGCGUGGCGCCUUUCGUUUGCGGUGCGGUUGUGUUGGUUAGCACGCUGUUUGGUGCUUCGCUUUUGUAA